UACUGUCAGUCGGCGAGGACUGCAGCCCCGUAAUGGUCUCUCACACUAUGUUAGCCAUCACCUCUCUCACAGUUUUUCUCUGCCUCUUCCCAUGCACUCAUCAGUUAAAGCUUACCAGCAAUCCUUUGCAGAGGGGCAGCUCAGGGUCUAUGCUAUUGAACUGUCAAGGGGAAUCAAGAGAUGCCACUGAUGUUGGGGUGUUCUGGUUCCGUCAGAAGAAAGGGGCCACAUAUCCAGAAUCUAUUCUAUUUCUCAGCAGCAUAAACAAACCAAUAUACAGGGAUCCAAGUGACAGCAACCGUUUCAAAGCAAGCAUGUCAGGAAAUUUGUUCACCUUGGUCAUUGAGAGAUUUGAUGAGAAGGACCAAGGAACCUACUAUUGUCUGAUUAAUAAAAAUGCUGUGCUAACGUUCAGCCCGGGCCUCCAGCUCAUCUAUCCUGAAGUAACGACACAGAAACCAAGGACAACAAAAGCCACCGCUAGAACGACAGAGUCAGGAGAUUCAUGUAAUUGUAUCACAGAUAAACAGCCUGAAUUGCUGGGUUUACCGUGUGACCUGUAUGUAUGGGCUCCUCUGGCAGGAAUAUGUGGAGUUUUUCUUAUCUGUCUUCUCAUCACUUCCAUAAUGCUCUGCUGCCGAACAAGAAGAAGGCGAUGCCGGUGUAAGCCUAAGCCCAUGGAUGAGAAGAAUGGUAAAAUGAAUAUACCAAACAGACACAUGUAAUGGACAUCAUGAACUCAUUGCUUCCUCUGUGGACCUUCUGCUUGUCCAUGAUGCCACCAACACGUCUUAGCCAAAGGGCCACCUGUUCCAUAAAGCCUUGCUCUGCUCCUCUACAUUACAAGUACUCAUUUCUCCAGGAAUCCUAGAAAUAAACCGCUUAUGAUGACAAAUCAAUAUUUCUGGCUGCGGCAUCAUGCGUUAGGAGACAUUACUAGAUAUGGUCUAAUGAUAUUCUCGUCUGGGUGACAUUUAGAGAUAGAGAGGGCUUACACCUUUAGUAGGAUGUCGCACCAUGUUAGCCAACUGUACAGACCAUUAUUUGCUAGCUGGCCUCAUACAGGUGUAAUAUGGGCACGUAUACAUGAAUUAGCAGCUCAGUGGUUAACCCUCUCAUCUUGUAGUCCCGGGUUUGAAUCUUAGUGAGGAGAACAUCUGCAUGGAGUUAGUAUGUUCUACUGUGUUUUGCUCCCACAUGCCAUAAAUAUACUGAUAACUUAAUUGGCUUUUUUAAAGGGGCUAUCCCAUGAUUAAUGUAAAAAAUGAAAACCAGAGGUCAUAUAGCACAUGAUAAUCUCUUUCUAACAAAGCUACAACCAGCCGUGUACCUCCCAUGGACCCACAGCUGUCAACAUUCAUUGCUACAAUUGCUCCACUAGAUUUAUUAAGCUGGCAGCUCAGUGGGGGGGGGGGGGGGGUGUCCUUUUGCUGCCGGAUGGAAACGAGCAUGUGCGUCCACCUAACUGAGGUGGACAGAGAAAUUAGAAAAAGAACCAACAGCAGAUGGAGCUAUACAUCAAAAUUUCAUUGAAUAACGUAGUAGCUUUAAUAAAUUUAUAAUAAUAGGCAAUUACAAAAGUAUUCAGAUCCAGAGGCUGGUUUGAAAAAUGUAGACUACUUUUUGGGCUGUCUACUAUUAGUGACUCCCGAAUCUCCUUUUUCAGCUGUUGGCCAGAGGUGAGAACGAUUACAAAGAGUGUCUCUCUCUCUGGAGGACUUGUCCUGUCCUACAUUACACGGAUAACCAACAGAUUUUAAUUAGCACUGUGUAAUGCUUGAUCUCAUCUGAUGUAGCGCUGCAGGGAAAUUAAACACUUAUUGCCAGAUUUCCCCACAGAUUACAGCUGAUUGCUGGGACCCUUUGUGAUCAUAUUGCCAAGGGACCUUGAUGAAAGUCCAAAUCAGACAAUGUGAAUUUAGACUUUGAGCCCCGUUGGGGACUGUUACACCGCUUGACAUAUAAGAAACCUCUCUUUGUAGCCUCUCUCCACUCAGAAUUUUAAAAAAUGUUUUUUUUUCCCCCAAACCAGACAACCCCUUUAAAGGGUUUCUGUCAGCAGGAAAAUGGUUAUUAACCUGGCUGA